AUGAAAAUUUUAAUACCUAUAGGUAACUUUGCAGACGAUCAAAAGCCAAUUCGACACGACAUUUUAACUGCUGGACACCAUAGAUUUCCUUUUGCAUUUGUCUUACCCGAAGAAGGUUUACCAUCCUCAGUCAAGGCUGGCUCCACAUUUACCAUCAAUUAUCAAAUUUCAGCUACGAUUGUUUUUCCUCAUCGCCCUUCUUAUACUGUGCAUCAAUCUUUUUUCAUCUUUGAAGUAGUUGAUGUUAAUUUGCCACGUUAUGUUAAAUCAUCUAAAACCGAUACGAAAGAGAUUAAAAUAUCCAAAUUAUGCUGCCUGCAUGGAUCCAUUCGAAUAACGGCCUCAACAAAUCAUGUAGGAUUUCGUCCAGGAGAACCAGUUUGCAUGAAUGUUAGAGUCCAAAAUAACAGCCACAAAAUCAUUCGUUAUUUACGUGCUAAAUUAAUUCAAAUCGUGGAAAUUAAAGCGAAAUUAAAGCAAUUUAACCGCACUAUCGAGCAUAUUUGCUCGGAAAAACAUUCUAUCAAAUCAAUCGUUCAAGAUGAAGAACUUAUAUGGGAAAAGGAACCUUUACAAAUACCUUCAGUGCCUCCAACGGUGAAUUCAUGUCCUGCAAUUAGCAUUAAUUACGCUGUUGAAAUACAGGCAGUCUUGCCACGUAAAUAUCAUCUAGUCGUUCGAAUUCCGAUCACUAUUGGCACAGUUCGGUUAUUUAUAAAUACUUCUGCAUCGGUUACUGCCUAUCGCUCCGGAGUAGACACAAAUUGUCGUCUAGAUGGUUCUGAAUCCGUUAAACAACAACUUAAGGGUACUAUUAGUGAUGCCGUUGCAUUUAAAGACGUUGAGCUCGAUUUUAAUGAACGUCGUCAAGCUUCUCUUUAA